AUGAGGUCUGCAGGUGUAGCCAUUACCAUUGCGGCAAUUGCAACUGGUGUCAGUGCUGGGAAAAGUCACCUUGCCCGCCGUCAUGCUCACAAUGCAUUCCACCACGAGAUGCCUAGAGAGCUGGUCACUGUAACUUCCCUUCCACCUGGAGAAACUUGCGGAUGCACGACAGUCUGGGUCACCGUGACCGCCGGAGAGGGUGUCGCUUCUCUGCCUCCUGUUUCUACAGCCACCGUCGUACCUAUAGCCCUUGCCCCUCCACCACCACCCGCCGCACUUUCAAACACUUCAGUAUCAGUUCCGAUCACAUCUUCAGCGCCGAGCUCUUCAGCCCCGAUACCAAUCAUAUCGCCAUCUUUGAACUCUUCUUCCGCCGUCCCAACCACAUCUUCAGCCCCCAGCUCAACCGUGAUUCUUGUCAGCUCAACAAGCACGAUUGCCAACGUCCCAACCCCAUUGGCAACUACGUGCCCAACCCCGGGCGUCUACACGAUCCCAGCUACAACCGUUACCCUGACCUCGUCCACCACCGUCUGCGCUCCUGCAUCCGCGACGGUCACCCCUGGAACUAACACCAUUGGAGGCGUUGUGACCGUUGUUACAACUGCGACAACUGUUGUCUGCCCCUAUGCCACUGUUUCUACCAACUCGGGCGUUGUCACGAGCACCAUCUUGACCACUAGCUAUGUCUGCCCCUCGGCCGGUACAUACACCAUUGCUCCUAUCACCACCAGUGUCUCUGCUGCGACAACUUGCGUCUUCCCAACCCCAGCUUCAUACGCACCAGGCACCUACACUCAACCCCUGAUUGUGACGACCAUCACGGCAACCGACGUUGUUGUUUUCUGCCCGUUCGCUUCGUCGACGGCUGCUCCAUCCACUUCGUCUGUUGCCCUUCCAGUAACUACCUCAUCCGUGGCUAUUCCAGUGACAAGCUCGUCCGUUGCUAUUCCAGUCACUAGCUCGUCCGUUGCUGCUCCACCAACCACCACAUCAUCGGUGUCAGUUGCUCUUCCAGCCACCACAUCAUCUGUUUUCUUUGCUCUACCAGUAUCGUCAGCUUCCCAGGCACAGAGCUCUGCUUCUGCUUCCAGCUCCGCACCAAAGAGCUCCUCGAGCUCUGGUAGCAGUGUCAGCAUCGGAUCAAGUGGCGACCAGUGGGCUAUGACCUACACCCCUUACUCUUCCAGCGGAGGUGGAUGCUUGAGCGAGGCCCAGGUCGCAAUUGACAUCGCGGCAAUCAAGACCGCUGGCUUCAAAUCUGUCCGUCUCUACAGCACCGACUGCUCGACCCUCGACUUCGUUGGUAAGGCAGCCAAGAUCGCUGGUCUGAAAUUAAUCCUCGGUGUUUUCAUCGACACGAACGGUAUCUCAAAAGCCGAAGAGCAAGUCAGCGACAUCGUGGCAUGGGCUCAAUGGGACCUCGUCGAGCUUAUCGUCAUCGGUAAUGAGGCAAUUUUCAACAAAUACUGCACUGUGCAGGAACUCGCCGAUUUCAUCUCAUCCUGCAAGACCAAGUUCAGCGGCGCUGGAUACUCCGGCCAAUGUACGACCACUGAGCCCCUUAACGUCUGGCAAGAAAGCGGUGUCACCGACCUUCUAUGCCCCCUUGUUGAUGUCACUGGUGCCAACAUCCAUCCCUUCUUCAACGCGGACGUCUCGCCCGAUCAAGCUGGAUCAUUCACCCUCGCCCAGCUUCAGAUCGCCGACAAUCUCUGCGCAGGCAAGUCCGCUAUCAACUUGGAGUGUGGAUGGCCUUCUUCCGGUGAAUGCAACGGUUUGGCAUGCCCCGGUGAGGACCACCAGGUUACCGCUAUCAAUGCCAUCACGAAGGCGGUUGGAGGAAAGACAGCCCUGUUCUCUUUCACGAACGAUAUGUGGAAGUCGCCAGGUGAUCUCAACUGCGAGCAGUUCUGGGGCUCUAUCCAUCUCUUCGUAGACAUAAGCCUCUAA